UCCACCCUGCUGCUACAUCUCCCACUCAUGAGCUAGUUAGGGUUUAUCAUUUCAUUUCAGAUUUUCAAUUGGAUUGGUUUCGUUUCAUUUCGUUUUCAGUCGAGAAUAAUCUGCUGGAGCCGAUACCAGAAUAGAUCAUAUGAACCCCUCAUUGCCGAAGAAGCCUUUUGUGCUGCUCUGCAUCGUUCUCUGCACGUUCUUCACUUUCGUCCUCUCUGAGGAUUCUGAGAAGAAUGCCUUUCGGGAGCGCGAAGCCUCCGAAGACGCUCUCGGAUACCCCGAAAUAGAUGAGGAUGCGUUGGUGAAUUCGAAAUGCCCUAAGAAUUUGGAGCUGAGAUGGCAAACGGAAGUUAGUUCUAGUAUAUAUGCGACCCCAUUGAUUUCUGAUAUUAACAGCGAUGGGAAGCUUGAGAUUGUGGUUCCAUCCUUUGUACACUACCUUGAAGUUCUGGAAGGUUCAGAUGGUGACAAAAUGCCAGGCUGGCCUGCUUUCCACCAAUCAACUGUGCAUUCUAGUCCUCUACUAUAUGACAUUGACAAAGAUGGGGUGAGAGAAAUAGCUUUGGCAACCUACAAUGGUGAAGUGCUGUUUUUCAGGGUUUCUGGCUAUAUGAUGUCAGAUAAGCUGGUGGUCCCACGUAGGAAAGUGGCGAAAAAUUGGUAUGUGGGUUUGAAUGCUGACCCAGUUGAUCGAUCUCAUCCAGAUGUUCAUGAUGAUCAACUUGCUGAAGAAGCCACUAUAUUUAAUUCUAUGGCUCAAACUAAUGGGAAGCACAAAGUCAACUCUUCAGCUGCCACAUCAACGGAAAACCACCAUGAAACACCCAGUGUGUCUAAUCCAGAGCCUGUAAAGCAAACAAAUGGAGCUCAAGUAGAAGAGAAUAGUAAGAUGCCAAAAACAGCUGGUAAUUCCUCUGGGAAUGCUGGUGUUCAGAUGCCGGCAAAUGCUGAUAAUUCGUCUGUGAAUGCUGGUAUUCAGAUGCCAUCAAAUGCUGAUAAUUCCUCUGCGAAUGCUGGUAUUCAGGUGCCAGGAAAUGCUGAUAAUUCCUCUGUGAAUGCUGGUAUUAAGAUGCCAGGAAAUGCUGAUAAUUCCUCCGUGGGUGCUGGGUCAGUGGAAGCUGCUAAAACAGAUAACCAAACUAGCACAAAGAGACGCCUGCUGGAGGUUAAUUCCAAAGGAGAAGAGCUAGGUGGCUCUGAAUCCAAAGAGGGUAAUGAGGGUAACCAUGCUGCAACUGUCGAGAAUGAUGAAGGCCUGGAAGCAGAUGCUGAUUCAUCUUUUGAGCUAUUUCGCAACAGCGAUGAACUGGCUGAUGAAUAUAACUAUGAUUAUGAUGAUUAUGUUGAUGAAUCAAUGUGGGGUGACGAAGAAUGGACUGAAGUUAAUCAUGAGAAAUUAGAGGAUUAUGUGAAUGUUGACUCACAUAUCUUGUGCACUCCUGUCAUUGCUGAUAUUGACAAUGAUGGUGUAUCGGAAAUGAUUGUUGCUGUUUCUUAUUUCUUUGAUCAUGAGUAUUAUGACAACCAGGAGCACUUGAAAGAACUGGGUGAUAUUGACAUUGGGAAAUAUGUUGCUGGUGGUAUUGUUGUUUUUAAUCUGGAUACAAAACAAGUUAAGUGGACUGCAGAACUCGAUCUUAGUACUGAUACUUCAAACUUCCGAGCAUACAUAUAUUCUUCUCCAACUGUUGUAGAUUUAGAUGGUGAUGGAAAUCUGGACAUUCUUGUUGGGACUUCUUAUGGACUAUUCUAUGUGCUGGAUCAUCAUGGUAAGAUUAGAGAGAAGUUCCCUCUAGAAAUGGCCGAGAUUCAAGGGGCUGUUGUUGCAGCUGACAUUAAUGAUGAUGGGAAAAUUGAGCUAGUUACUGCUGAUAUACAUGGAAAUGUCGCUGUAUGGACUCCAAAAGGUAGUUUGAUAUGGGAAAAACAUCUGAAGAGUCUUAUUCCACAGGGUCCAACUAUAGGUGAUGUCGAUGGGGAUGGCCAUACUGAGCUUGUUGUGGCAACACUAUCUGGGAAGAUUCAUGUUCUUGAUGGCAAGGAUGGGGGAUCUAUUGGGAGGUAUCCAUAUCAAACACAUGGGAGAGUGAUGAAUCAAGUUCUUCUAAUUGAUUUAAGUAAACCCAAGGAGAAAAAGAAGGGAUUGACUAUUGUUACUACAUCAUUUGAUGGUUAUUUGUACCUCAUUGAUGGGCCUACUGGCUGUGCUGAUGUUGUUGAUAUUGGUGAAACCUCAUAUAGCAUGGUCUUGGCAGACAAUGUAGAUGGUGGGGAUGACCUUGAUUUAAUUGUUACAACAAUGAACGGCAAUGUCUUUUGCUUCUCAACACCAUCGCCUCAUCAUCCUCUCAAGGCUUGGAGGUUGCCUCAUCAAGGAAGAAAUAAUGUUGCAACUCGGUAUGGUCGUGAAGGUAUCUAUGUUACUCAUCCUUCUAGAGCAUUUCGCGAUGAAGAAGGCAAGAACUUUUGGGUGGAAAUUGAGAUUGUAGAUAAUUACAGAUACCCAUCUGGGCAUCAAGGACCCUACAAUGUCACUGUAUCGUUACUAGUUCCCGGUAAUUACCAAGGUGAGCGAACGAUAAAGCAGAACCAGAUAUAUGCUCAACCCGGUAAAUAUCGGAUUAAGCUUCCAACUGUGGCAGUAAGGACCACAGGAAUGGUAUUGGUUGAGAUGGUUGACAGGAAUGGAAUAUAUUUCUCUGAUGAUUUCUCGCUGACAUUCCAUAUGCACUACUAUAAACUGUUGAAGUGGCUUCUUGUCUUCCCUAUGCUUGGGAUGUUUGGGGUUCUCGUCAUCCUUCGCCCACAAGGCUCAGUGCCAUUGCCAUCAUUUUCAAGGAAUAUUGAUUAGUGAUAAUUACCUUGUAUCAGGAUUCAGGAGGUUUCCCAACCGUGAUUGACUUCUGUGCCAUAUUGAGAGUGAUAUUUUCAUGGUAUAUGCCUUGGUGCUAAAGUGGUAUUCAGUCAAGAACUAGUUAAAGGCUUAAAGCAGAUCAUUGAUGCGGAAGUACUCGUUCAGCAAAAUUAAAUUUAGGUCUGGUUAAGAGAUAGUUAAAGAAUACAAAAGUAUGAGAUAAUGGGAUUUUGCCCUUAAUCUUGUAGUGUAAUCUAAUACUGAAAAGACUCCCCUGGUAAGUUUUUGAGCUUCCUUUUAACGGAAUAGAUAUUUAUAAUCAAUACAUAUUUUCUCGA